AUGACCACGCUUCAUCCCCUGUUGCCCUCCCUGCCCUCUCCCCCCCCCCAGUUCCUCAGGACCGCCAUGUACCGCUUCAACGGGGUGGACCCCAUCGAGCCCAACCUGGAGUUUGUGCAGCAGGUGGUCAAAGUCACGGAGGGCGGCAAGGGCGUCAUCUUCGCCUGCGAGGCUGGUGGCACUCUGCGGCCGUCCAUCAACUUCCCGGCGGGCAAGGCCAGCCGUUCUCUGCAGGCCGUGUACAAGGCGCUGGUGGAGGGGGGGCCCUCCAGGGUGAAGCACCUGGACCGCGGCGUGUACGGCUGGUUCCAGGCGGGCCUGCCGUUUGAUGGGAGCUACGUCCCCGACAUCGGCCGCUUGCCCAGCGCUGCCGACAACAAGUAG